ACCAGUUCCUUAACUAACCUGGAGUAGAGCGGACAGACAUUUACACAGAGAGACAGAGCAGUCAGAGACAGACAGAGGCAGUGAGAGGGACAGAAGAUGCUCUUCCUAGCCCUUCUCCUGGGCAUCAUGGUCUGCUGCACAUCCCAAGAGCAGAGCCCUCCAGUGAUCAAGCUGAACUCGGUGGUGCUGAGGGAGGCUGCGUGGACUAUCCCUGUUGGAACCUCAUCUUUCACAUUGACCUGUGAGGGGUACAGCACAGUCACCUGGUCAACCACAGCAUUCAAACUCAUGAGGAAAACUAGACUGGGGAGUGUGAUUACCACCAGGCGCCUUACAGUAGACUACACUGGAACAUACAAGUGCAUGUAUGAGAACCAACCAGACCUCAUCUCAGAGGUCCACAUCUAUGUGAAAGAUCCCCAUAACAUCUUGGUGACCCCUCGAACCCUGGGAGAUGUGAAGGAGGGCAGUGAUGUUCUCCUCUGUCAGCUGACAAACCCCAUAGCCACCGACCUAUCCGUCCGUAUGGCCAACGGAGACCCUACACCCCCCGACAUGAACUACACUGUCAACCCAAAGAGAGGAAUCCUCAUCCGAUACCUUCUGACCAGCCACAGCGCAGACUACGUCUGCAGUGCAAAGAUCAAUGGGGUCACGAAAGUCUCCAAAGUUGUCCCCAUCUUCGUCAUUCAAAGCUUGCGUUUGCCACCAUCUGUGCUAAUUGAGGUAAAUGGGUAUGUUCGUAUUGUUGGAGAGCAGCUCCUGAUCCCCUGCAUUACCAGCAACCCUAACCACUUCUACAACGUGACGUGGAAACACUCCUCCCUCAAAGUAUUGGACUUUUCGCAUAAAAUGAUACAAGAGGACCAGAGUAAUCAAGUGCACAUCACCAGUAGUGUGACUAUUCCAGCUGUGGCCAUGUCUCACACAGGAAACUUCACCUGUACAGCCAUGAAUGAGGCUGGGUUCAACAGCUCCACCACCUACCUGCAGGUUGUAGAUAAGCCUUACAUGAGGCUCAUACCCCGCCUGUCACCAGACCUCUACUUAAAUGGCUCCUUAGUUGAAGUGAACGAAGGCGAAAACCUUGAGAUAAACAUUCAGAUCGAGGCAUAUCCCCAAAUCAAGGAGCAGUGGUGGGACAUCCCCAUGUCUCACAAUCACAACAUCUCCACUCAUGACGACACAUGGGCCGUCCGAUUCAAUAACAGGUACGAGAGCAGCUUGCUGCUACAGAGAGUGAGGUCUGAGGAGAGAGGCCAGUACACCCUCCACACCAGGAGCACAUGCCUCAAUGGCUCCAUCACCUUCAAUGUCCAAGUCUACCAGAAACCCAGUGCCAUGGUCAGACUGAAGAAUGUUACCACCCUGACCUGCACCGCCUCUGGGUACCCAGCUCCCACAAUCCUCUGGUACCAGUGCCCAGGAAUACAAAACACGUGUGAUGGUGAUAAUGACACCGUGGAGGUGCAGCCUCUUCUCACCAGCACCAUGGAGGUGCAGAGUGAGCUGACCCUCAGUCCCUCAAGUAUGGAGGUCACAGUGGAGUGUGUGACCUUUAACCUGGUUGGUAAAGAGCGGGACAUCUUCGUAUUGCGUGUCCCUGCUGCGACUUUACCAACAUUUGUAACGCCCAAGCUGUUCACACCCACUUUCAUUGGAGCCACCAGCACAGCAACCCUUCUGUUCCUUCUGCUUGUCAUCGUCCUGUACAAAUACAAGCAGAAACCAAAAUAUGAAGUCCGGUGGAAGAUCAUUGAGGCCAAUGAUGGGAAUAACUACACCUUUAUUGACCCUACACAACUUCCUUAUAACAAGAAGUGGGAGUUCCCUCGUGACAAGCUGAGGCUUGGCCAGAUUCUGGGAGCAGGGGCUUUUGGGAAAGUAGUGGAGGCCACUGCCUAUGGUCUGGGGACAGAUGACAACAUGACCACGCGCGUGGCAGUAAAGAUGCUCAAGCCAAGCGCCCACUCCGAAGAGAGAGAAGCUCUGAUGUCAGAGCUGAAGAUCCUCAGUCACCUGGGAUCUCAUGACAACAUUGUUAACCUGUUAGGGGCGUGUACUCAAGGAGGCCCAAUGCUGAUGAUCACGGAGUACUGCAGCUAUGGCGACCUGCUGAACUUCUUGCAUAGCAAGGCCAAGCUGUUCCUGUACUCUAUCCCGAGCGGACCAGGGACUCCAGAGGAUCCACGGGUUCCAGAGAACCGUGAUCACUACAAGAACACAUGUGCACAGGAGUCCCGUGUAAGGAGUGACAGUGGGAUCUCCUGCUCCAGCUCAGACAACUUCCUGGACAUGCAUCCAGCGCAGAGACCGAAACACUGUCCUAUGGUUUCCCUAUGUGAGGAUCCAGAGACAGGCACCUGGUCGCUGGACAUAGAAGACUUGUUGAGGUUCUCCUCUCAGGUGGCUCAGGGAAUGGACUUCCUGGCAUCCAAAAAUUGCAUUCACAGGGACGUGGCGGCUAGGAACGUCCUCUUGACCGAUGGCCGUGUGGCUAAGAUCUGCGACUUCGGCCUCGCCAGAGACAUCGAGAAUGACUCCAACUAUGUGGUGAAAGGAAAUGCCCGUCUGCCAGUGAAGUGGAUGGCCCCUGAGAGCAUCUUUGAAUGUGUGUACACAGUGAAGAGUGACGUCUGGUCCUAUGGGAUACUGCUGUGGGAGAUCUUCUCUCUGGGUAAGAGCCCAUACCCUAAUGUUGUGGUGGACACCCAGUUCUACAAGAUGAUCAAAGAUGGAUGCUACAUGUCUCAGCCGGACUUUGCCCCUCCAGAAAUAUACACCAUCAUGAAAAUGUGCUGGAACCUGGAACCAACAGAGCGUCCAACCUUCAGUACCAUCGGCCAACUUAUCCAAAGGCUACUGCCUGACCAGCCAGACCAUACCUACAGGAAUGUGCAGGAUAAGACUCCACAGCAGGGGGCAGGAGAGCAGGGGGAUCCGGCUAAGACGAAUGGGGAUUGUGAUCAGACACUGAACCAGGAGGGAGAGGAGGAGCCCCUGAUGAAAAAGAACCACUACCAGUUCUGCUGAGAGCACAUCAGGCCAUCAUCAAUGACUAUACAUUCACGUUAACAUCUGUCAAUCACAGGCAAGAGAUGGGUGGAUACACACCAGUUUAUCCCAAUGUCUUGAUUCUCAUUGUACUGAACAUGAUUUCAGUGCCAUAUAGUAGCUGCCAGUAAGCAACAUUGGGAACUAAGCUUUUAUUCUAUUUUGUACACAAGCUUCAAGCAGCUGAAAAAAACAAUAUAUCUUGUUAUUUCACAGCGGUUUAGACGGUACAAUGAUUCACAACACUAUACUUGCUUGUUUUGUCAUAAACUGAAAUGAGGCAUGCUAUUAGAAUGUUAGCAACCAGGAAAUGGCUGAGUGAUUUCUAGAUAAUGUACCUUUAACAUUUAUGAGAUACUUUACUAACUGAUCUAACCGGCUUGAUAAACUUGAUGAAUGUCUAUUGGAGAAUAAAGGCAGUUACAUGUGCAGCUUUAUGUUUCCAAAAAUCCCAAAAUUCUCAACACCAAUUUUACUGAACUGAGAUCAACAUUUCAGCAUGCCUAAGCAGCACAAAAAGACAUAGUUAUUGCAAACGUUUUACUAUUGUAGUGUAUAGUAGCAACAUAGUCUCUUUUGAAAGUUUUUCUUGAGUGUUUGAAAAUCUGAAGUGUGUGAACUUCAAUGGAACCAAAAGAUUUCUGUUUUUUGUCUUGCCUUCAGCGUAAGAAAUGCUUUACAUUCAACUGAAACGUACUGUAACUCUUGGCACGCUCAACACCAGCUUCACAAGGUAGUGACCUGGAAUGAAUUUCAAUUAACAGGUGUGCCUUGUUAAAAGUUAAUUUGUGGAAUUUCUUUCUUUCUUAAUGUUUUUGAGCCAAUCAGUUAUUGUGCAGAAAACUUUCAAAGUUUCUUCAAGUGCAGUCGCAAAAACCAUAAAGCGCUAUGAUGAAACUGGAUCUCAUGAGGACUGCCACAGGAAAGGAAGACUCAGUGUUACCUCUGCUGCAGAAUAUAAAUUCAUUAGAGUUAACUGAACCUCAGAUUGCAGCCCAAAUAACAGAGGAGACUGCGUGAAUCAGGCUUUCAUGGUCAAAUUGCUGCAAAUAAACCACUACUAAAGGACACCAAUAAGAAGAAGAGACUUGCUUGGGCCAAGAAACACGAGCAAUGGACAUUAGACCGGUGGAAAUCUGACCAGUGGUCUGACGAGUCCAAAUUUCAGAUUUUUGGUUCCAACCACGAAAGGUGAAUGGAUGAUGUCCACACGUGUGGUUCCCACCGUGAAGCAUGGAGGAGGAGGUGUGAUGGUGCUUUGUUGGUGUCACUCUCUUAUUUAUUUUUUAUAUUCAAGGCAAACUUCACCAGCAUGGCUACCACAGCAUUCUGCAGCAAUACACCAUCCCAUCUGGUUUGAGUUUAUAAUUUGACUUCAACAGGACAAUGACCCAAAUCACACCUCCAGUCUGUGUAAGGGCUAUUUGACCAAGGAGAGUGAUUGAGUGCUGCAUCAGAUUACCUGGCCUCCACAAUCACCCGACCUCAACCCAACUGAGAUGGUUUGGGAUCAAUUAGACCGCAGAGUGAAGGAAAAGCAGCCAACAAGUGCUAAGCAUAUGUGGGAACUCCUUCAAGACUGUUGGAAAAUCAUUCCUCAUGAAGCUGGUUGAGAGAAUGCCAAGAGUUUGCAAAGCUGUCAUCAAGGCAAAAGGUGGCUACUUUGAACAAUCUAAAAUACAUUUUUUAAAGUUUUUGGUUACUACAUGAUUCCAUAUGUGUUAUUUCAUAGUUUUGAUGUCUUCACUAUUAUUCUACAAUGAAGAAAAUAGUAAAAAUAAAGAAAAGCCUUGAAUGAG